AUGGUGAACUCCGGCUUGAGGCUGCCAUAUGUCAAGCAUCACAAUCACUCUACUUCCUCUCUAGAAAGACAUAAAUUAGACGAGCUUUCAAUCCCUUCAAGGGCCAAGCUUCCUGUCUUUUUGGUUGGAGAGCACACCGCAAGUCUCUUCCCUCCAUUCGAAUUCGACCUGGCUCAACAAGACAAUAGAGAAGAGAACAUCAAUAGAAGUCGCUCGAGGACUGGCAGUCUUACUUCGCAUAUUUACGAUGACCUUCCUCUCUCACCCAUCUGUGGUACUGUUCCUAACACAUUUGUUUACGACGACCACCCUUUGGUAUCUCCCCGGCCACCAUUAGGCUCAAGCAUGAAAACGUGGCCUCAGAUGAACCGGGGGGAUGUACCACUCACCCAGUCAAUGGAGGCUUCCCAGCAAUAUAUGAGAGUCUCGGCUAUGUCAGAAAGAUUGCUGCCUUUGCACUAUGAACAGCUACAGCAGAGCUCUGCGUUCUCCGAUAGCUCAAGCGAAUACAGUCAAAAGAGCCCGCUAUCUGAUCCCAAUAACCGAAGUAGCUGGACAAGUCUGAGGGGUAAGAGCUGGCUAGAUUAUCGUACGAAUCCCGCAGAAGGAGGUCAGCUAUCGCCUACAUCACAGCCAGCGGUAUUCAGCUCAUACCAGCAAUAUCCAGAAACAAACAUGACUAGUGCAAGCAGUGAUAGAUUAGAACCACGAAAACCACGAGCAAUUCAACCUCCUCGUCCUGCACCACCGGAGGUCAGAUCCUCGGAACAGAUCACGAGUGUAUAUGACAUGUUGAAUACUAGGCCAUCUGACUUCGGAAUAGAACAACGAGCCCAGCCAUCUCACGAAGUAGAACCAGUUGCAGAUCGCACACAGUCAAAAUCACCGACCUCUCUAGAAACAGUCAAUUCGUCCAAGCAAUAUCAACAGCUCACAAUAGGAACAAAACCGAGUACAAAGCGCUCUAAAGUUCACUUCAGUCCUACAAUUCAAAAAAGAGCAAAUUCUCUUCUAGAAGGAGCGCGGGAAUCUUUUGCUCGAGGUGUCGAUGAGAUAUCCUCUCCGGUAACAUCCAGAGGCAGCCAGACGUUUUUCCACAGUCCUACCUCUUCCGACUAUCAAGGCUCUCCGACGCCAACAGCGAAUACACCCCUCACGCCCUUCCCCGAUUUUCAUUCUACAUCUCAACCUCAUUUCUUCCCAUCCACAGAUCCGAUCCCUGAGAGUUCCGAAGCAGAGGACAAACCGUCGGCACUUGUCUCGCCAAAGGUUCCCAAGUACCGCAAAUUCGGUUGGAGCACAGGGAAACACCCACUUAAAAGUCCUCAUCCCGACUAUAACGGCACUUCAAAGACUAUGAGUUAUGGCACGGCUGAAGAAGACAAGGUUGACACAGCAUCAAGUAAAGAUGGUGGCGUGUUGAGUAUCAUUGCCAAUACUACGAUGCGAAUCGCUGGGCUGUCGUCUUCUCGCAAUGAGAAGAAGAGGAAGAAUAGUGGCUUAAUCAUCACUAAUCAUCAGCGCACAUAUCAAGGACCAGCUACACCAUUCCCACUCUCCGCAAAUGAAUCUCAAGCCUACAGGAACAUGAACACAUCCCCUCCUACAGAAAAUGGUGUUGCAGCGGGUAUCGCCACGACAUUGAGAGGUGUCGCAGGGUGGAAGACAAAAGAAGAAAGGCGAGAACGGAAGGAGAAAAAAUUGCAGGCAGAGAAAGAAGAACGAAGAAGAGAAAUAUUAAGUCGAGGUAUUAAGCUAGCAGGACAACCUACUAAGAACCUUGGACCUAUGGGAAUUGACGAGGUACCUUACAUUACACCCGCCUCGGUACCUAAGCCACCGGUCGAUACUGAAAUGAGAGGAGCUCUCUACGAAAGUCCACCGAGUUCGGCAGUUACGAUCAAGCCUGGCAUUGCUGGUAUUGGGGCGAGUAGUCCUGCAACACCUAGCAGUUUUACAAAUAGGUUCGGACCAGUUGGUGGACCACUGCCUUUAUCUGCCGGUGGGUUUGGCAAUGGAAAUGCGAGCGGAGACGUUCCAAAUUACAACUAUAGCCCUGGUGUUUCGCCAACUCUUGCACCAGUUCCUGAUGGAACGGAAUGGCUAUGA